ACCUCUCCGCGCCCGCAGCGGCGGAGGGAAGAUUUCGCCGCCUCCUCCUCCUCCUCCUCCGCCGGUUGAAGGCGGGAGCUCGGUUAGUUACCGCCGACGGCGGAACCUUGAGCGGAGCGAGAUUGGAGGGAAAAGUGAAGUUUACCUCAAACUGGGUAGGAAUAACCAGGCUGCUCUGCUGUAUGGAACCCUCAAUACGGAAGUGCCUCGUGAUGGGGAGACGAAAUACAGUGGAUAUUGUAGUAUGAGAGCUAAACCGCCAGUGGGAUCUUUUGCUAGGAAGAAGUAUUACGACUGGUCAAACUUCAACAGUCUGUAUUUACGUGUCCGUGGCGAUGGCAGACCUUGGAUGGUAAACAUUUAUACAGACCCUUACUUCUCUCAUCAAAAGGAUGACCUCUACAGCUACUUCAUGUUCACCCGAGGAGGCCCAUAUUGGGAGGAAAUAAAGAUUCCAUUCUCCAAAUUCUUUCUCUCCAGUCGGGGAAGAGUCCAGGAUCAGCAACAUCCUGUCUGGUUAGACAAGAUUAGUACCCUUGGAUUCACCAUUGGAGAUAAAGUAGAUGGUCCAUUCCAGCUGGAGAUUGAUUUUAUUGGCCUGCUGAACGAUAGAGCUCAUACAGAAGAAUUUGCCUAUGAAACAUAUGAAAAGGUCUAAGUUGGGGUGGUAUCUUUUGGGACAGUCUUCAUAUAGUUGGUUCACUUUUACAACACUUCUUAAUGUGUAGCUUAAAGCAACUUGAAGAUUCCACGUAAACAUUAAAGAGAUAAGUGCAUGAAGCGUUGGCUGUAGUAAUCUGACUAGAGUGACACCGCUGGCAUCUUCGAGCUGCCAAAUAGAGAAUCCUGGAGAGACUGUACAUACAUGGACUGGAACACAGCCUGAGGAGAGUUGGGAUGCGCUCUUACAAAGUAGUAACUGGUGACUGGCUUAAUGUUGGCUUCUGUCCUGACCUUUACAGAAAUAAAAGUAUUUCACG